GCCAAUAGGCGAUGAGUUUAUUAAAAGGGCCAUGGUAACGAGCUCUUGACCCGCAUCACCGGGUCUUGAUUCUGUGAAGGAGGUGGCGUAAGUUUUAUCAUUCUCGAUGUGUCGGUGCAGUUAAUGCUGGAAGGGCCAGCUGCCCCCUCCCUUUCUCUGAAUAUACGAUGAUUCCAAUAUGGCAAAAUAAACCUUAUGGAUCCUCUCGCAGUGUCGUCCGAAUGAUUGGAUCAAAUCUCCCUUUGAAACCAUGUCCUCGAGUUUGUUUUCAGCUUGUUCCAGGGCUCACUGCAGCUGAAUCCCUAAAUUCUAUGCACAGAGAUAGACCGGCUGUGCCAACGUUGGCAGACAUUGCGUGGAUAGCUGCAGAUGAAGGAGAAUCUUUCACCAGGAUGAGAGCCGAUGCCAGACCUUACAGGGAAGAAUGGCACCCUACCCCACUCCUUAUAAUGCACAGAAAUUCAUCAGUCCCUAACUUUCGAAGGGAGGGGAGAAAACAUGAAAGCCUGAAGAAACCAGGUUUAGCUGCUCUGAACCAUACAGUUGCUCUGCAAGAUGAGCUUAGUCGUUUGCGAGAACAGAUUGCAAAAAUAGUCGCUGUGCCAGAGACAAAAACAGUGUCUGCCCCUAAUACACCAGAACUUUGCUCUCCUGACACGUCAAGUAUUGCCUGCUCUUUACCAGAUUUUGAAUCUGCGUACCCACCUUUAGCAUCCUUUACUCUAAAUGAUGAUAUCCCUGAGACUGAUGAACCUGAAUCUUUAAGUCUCGCAUCCUUUUCUAUUGCUGCUUCAUCAAACUUUGACUUUGACUUUGAAAGUAAGGGACAGGAUUUAACAAUGAACAAUGAUGCUGAUGAUGAGACCUCCUGCCUUUCAAAAUCCACCAGCUUUGCAGAUAUGAUGGAUAUUCUGAAAGAUAUGAAUAGGGUCAAAUUAAAUUCGCUACAGGGGUCCAGGAGAGGCUCUCAGCUUUUGAGAGAAAAUGAUCCAUCAGUGCUUAUAUCGGAAGCAUUGAAACGCAAGUUCACCGUUCAAGACAGUUCUGUUUUUCAGAAGGAAGACUGAUCACAUAAGAUCUUCAAACAUCAAGUAGUAAUCCCUCUGUAGAUUUAAAACCAGGAUGGGAAACUGAGUCACCUAGAAUGGACUGCUUUACUCUCAGCCAGUUCAGUACACUAUGGAUCCUGCUACUUGAAGCAAGAAUGAUGUAUUAACCAGGAAAGCACAUACUGUAUAUGCUCAAAAUUGCAGGUUGUGGAUACAAAACUAAAUGAGGCAAGCUUGUAUUUGUGCCUUGAGUAUAGAGAUUUAUUGUGGAUUAAAGCCUUCCUUAUCUCUGCUUGUAUGUUUUCCUUUUGUUGGAAGGAAUGAGUUUUUGUUUGUGUUGGUGUUAAAUACAGCGAUGAACUGGGGAUUUAAUUUGAUUAACAAAUAAUUUAGUGUUGAAUUUUUUUAAGCUGUUUGUUUGGAUUCUCUCCACUGAUGUGUCCUGAAAGAGGCUACGCAUUCAGUGGUGAAGGGUUCAGUUGUUCCUUCCUAAUUAGAAACGAUGGUGAAGUGUUUUUUCAUAAAAAAAACUGCAUGCAUUCAAAAGGGCAAAACAGAUUGUGAUCCUUUUUUACUACUUUGUCUCAAUUCCUCAAACUGUAAACACCUCCUUUACAGAAAAAUUGCAUAAAUUGUUUCUCAGUCGUGUGAUUGGAAUGCAGCCAUACCAAUUUAGGCUGAGUGCCAGAAAUGUUUGAUAUAGUUCCCUCUUUUAAUCAAGUAGUUGUAUUUUCUUUGUUAGUUGCUCCUUCCCACUCCCCAAUGCUAUUCACAGAAGAAACAUCAAGAUCCAGUCAGUUCAGAAAUUUUAACAAGCUCCUUAAUUAAAGGUUAAUCAUCACACUCGUAAGUUACACAAGGAACAGUCACUCGGCAAUUUGAGAACUUCAAUUACGGAGAGACCAUAUGUUAUUGUUGCUUUGUGAGCCAAUUCCAAGUUUAAUCUUUAUUGAAGGAGAUUUUAUGGACCUAAAAAAUUCCUGAGCUGCUUGCUGCUACUGUAUUUCUACUGUAGCUGGCCUGAAAACCUGAUUCAAUUUGUUUCCAGUUUUUGUGAUAUUUGUUUGUAAAUAGAUGCCUGUAUAAGAAUGAAGAGACAGUUGAAGAUCCAAGUGGCAAUGCAAUAGUUAGAAUUUUUGUUUAGUUUAUGCAAGGUCACAUGUUUUUGCAUUGUCAGUUAGCAGCUUGAUAAUUUGUUUUGAAAUAAAGGGUUGUUGGGUGGUCACUCAUUAUCGCAAUUGCAUAGUAUAUUUACAAAAUCAUUUAAAACAUCAGCUGCAGUUUAAAGUUGUACAUUGUUUGGGGGGUGUGGAGGUCAUUUAGUGCCUGUAUUUAUUCUUGAAUUAGAAAUCAAAAGCAGUGUUACAGAAGACUGGGCAAAGUGCCUUUUCAUUCUGGGUGCUCUUGUUGGAUUGUGACCCACAGCAGUCUAAAGAUAGAUAAGCUAUUCAUCUUAAAAUGUCAUUUUAAUUUUAAUAUCUUUCACUUGCAUAUACGCACAUAUCUGGAUUUGAGGUAUCAGCAUUUCUUUUGAAAUUGAUCCUGGAGCAUAUUACUGAGUCAUUGGAAUCACAAUGAAAGCUCUGACUUGAAAUUCCACAGCCACUCUCCUUUUAAAAAGCUAAUUGACAUUGUUAGUAUUAUUCUCUCAUAAGGAAAUGUUCAACAGUGAAGCUCUCUAACGCAUCUUUAAACUGUCUCCUGUUCCUGCUGUGGUCUAGCCUUCUGUUCUGUUUGACUGAGGGAAUUUUGCCUCUUAGUAGCACAAAGAGGCAAAUGGCAGGGCAAUCUUGCUCAGGCCUAGGGAAGAACACAUUUAAUUGUCUCUUUGCACUGUUAAGUGUUAAUGUUACAUUUCUAAAUUGGUAUGUUUAGAGUUAGGAUCCUACUUGGCCCAUUGUGCUUCUCAUUAAUCCAGACUUAACCAUGCUUUGUUAUUCAUGGCUUUGUAUUUGUCUUUAAUUGAUGCAUACAAUCACUUUGUUCUUUCCUCUUUUUGAAGAACAACUUCACUGACCAACUAUUCCAUCGGAUGAUUCUGUAAUUUGUUCAUUGAAAAAUGUUGAAAAUGUGCAUUGUGAAAUCCGUUGUUGCAGUACUAUGGGAGUGAACCUUGGAACUAUAGAAAUUGAUGUUUGUUCCAGGCAGCCACAGUGCUUGCCCUUUUGAAUUCUGAGACCCAAAUACAAAUAACAGAUGAAGGUUCUGAUUUUCCUGGUGGCUCCAAGUCCAAUGUGAAAUGAGUCCCAUCAGAUAGGUCUUUGUAAAAUAACUGGCAUAGUUUGGCAAGAAGUGGUCUGGAGUGGCAACAGGAUGAGCCUUGCAGAGUAUUUCAGCAUUGCUUGAAUACAGUUCACACUCCAACAAAAGUUGGAAAAGCGUCCCUUCGGCAUUGCCGUUGUUACCCUCCAUGCGCAAGAAAAAAGAAAUCUAUGUAAUUUGUUUUAUCCUAAUGCUUUAUUUAAAAAUAUUACACUGUUAGGUUUUUAUGCUGCAAAUUCUGCUUCAACACAACUUGUGCACUCACUUGUAUUCCUAUUCAGAUUUCACUGAAAUGGUACAACUUAACCCUCUUAGUGAAACUUGUAAUUCGAAGACCUCAAAUGGGUGAUCUGAGGAUUGUGAUGUCAUAAACUGGUUCUUUAUCAGUGUAGUCAUGGUAUUAUUGCACACACAAGCUAAACUCCUACCCACCUCCACCCUUUCGUCCAAACAAAUUCUCCCAUCUCAAUCUUUGCGUAAAAUUUAAAGUCUAUUUAAUUUUAUAAGAACAGUAUUCCAAAUUUCAGCAAAAUCCAAGGAAAGUACUGCAGAAACUCGAGAUCUUAAAUAAAUGCAGGAAGUGAAAGAGAAACUCAGCAGUCUGCCAAUAUCUGCGGAGUGAGAAACGAAGUUAAUUUCUCGAAUCCAAUAUGACUUGUGUGGGAAGAGUUCUGUGUAAGCUAUAAUUGGAUGCAAAACAUUAACUUUGUUCCUUGCUCCAUGGCUACCGCCAAACUUAAAGUGCUGGAGAAAUCCAUUCUGUUCUAAAUUUUGGAGCUUAUUUUUGCAUUCAUGUUUUAGCUAAGGACCAAGAUAUCUACCUAACAAUCCAUCACAGUAAAUACUUUUUGACUUGUCUUGAGAGUAAGUAGCCUUUUAUGAGGCUGAGUACAUCAAUCACUUGCCAUAGAAAUGUUGGUGCAACCUCGAACCUAUCCUGCAUGCCUCUCAUACUUUAGACCUCCCUUUGAAAAGGAUGAUCACUGGGAGAUAUCAAAUUCUGAAUAAUAAGCUUUUUAACUUUUUAAAAUGUUGUCCUGGAGACUAUUAUUCAGUGAAAUGAAAUUUUAAAGCAAUAACGUAUCAGAUUGUGCAUGCAUGAUUAGUUCAUUAUUUAUUACAUUGAUGUAAGAGAUCUAUUAACAAUUUUCAUCUUGCAUAUGAAAAGAUUUUUUAAAAGUUUAACUUGUGUUCAUUUCUGAUAAUCCUGGCAACACCAAUAAAAUAUGCAGAAUA